AUGGAGGGCUCCCACCGUGGCUGCCUCCUCCUGCUCCUCCUCUGCCUGCUGCCGCCACCGGGCACCGUGGGCCCACUGCCACCACCGGAGGAACCCCAGGAGCCACCGCCGCUGCCAUCCAGCACCGCUGACCCUGCCACCCACCUGCUGCGCGGCCGCCCCUCGGCCCCCGUGCGGCCCUACAGCCUCUCGCUCUCCCCCGAGGACUACCGCUACUCUCCCAAGCCCCGGCACCUGCGGCCUGGGCGGCUGCGCCGGCUGCUGGGCUCAGCCUUUGACCCCUUCUGGAUGGCGGCCGAGGAGCCCCGUGGCCGCAACGGCAGCGUCCCCGAGGAGAACCUGGAGUCCCUGAGCCGGGACCUGGCGGAGGGGGCCGGGCGCUACCGCCGCCCGCCGGCCGCCUGCCGACUCACCUCCACCUGGGUCGAUCUGGGACCCGUCUUCUGGCCCCGCUGGGUGCGCCACACCGCCUGCGAGACCAGCACCCCUGGCUGCUCCUGGCCCCCUGGCAUGACCUGCCGCCCCGCGCAGCUCACCCACAUCAAGCUGCUGGCCUGGCACUGCUGGGCGCCCCAGAGCCCCGGACCCCCGCAGUGUGCCUGGCGGCAGAUCCCCUACCCCGUCGUGGCUGCCUGCAAGUGCUCCUGCCGCUGA